AUGUCAUCGUCAUCAAGGUACAGGGAUUCUGGUAAUCCAGAUUGCAAAAUAUAUGUUGGUGAUUUAGGAUCAUCUGCAUCCAAACAAGAUUUAGAAGAUGCUUUUUCAUAUUACGGUUCAAUUCGUAAUGUAUGGGUUGCCCGUAAUCCUCCUGGUUUUGCUUUUGUUGAAUUUGAAGAUCCAAGAGAUGCAGAAGAUGCAGUUAGAGGUUUAGAUGGAAGGAGCAUUUGUGGUAGACGAGUCCGAGUUGAAUUAUCUAAUGCUGGAUCACGUAAAGGUGCUUAUCGGGGAGGCCCACCUCGUCGAGGACGUCCAUUCCAUCCUGAAGACAAAUGUUAUGAAUGUGGUGAUAGAGGACAUUAUGCCCGUGAUUGUAGACGUUUUAAAGGAGGGCGACGCAGGUAA